AUGCAAAACGAAGUAGAGAACGAUGAAAUUCCCAGGGAGAUACGGUUUCUUGGCUAUACUGGUGAAGAGGCUGAAAUGGCUGAACGUGAAGUACGAAGUAUAGUAUUCGGUGCAUUUUUAUCGCAUCCAAUCGCCGUCGUGAGUCGAACCCUAUCACAGUUAGGCUACAAUCGAUUACCCUUAACUAAAGGCAGAUAUUUUUUGCUGGUUGGACCGUCGUGUUUCUUUCAUGCGAACGCUUUCUCGUAUGCCAGGCAUUUGUAUCAAUUGUAUGGCUUUCGGUCGUUAUGGGUUGGUGCCGAAAUAGCCUUAGUGAAAGAGGUGCUCGCGUGUGCCAUUCGACUGAUCGUUGCCAGGGUACGAGAAAGGAUUCCUGAUCAAUAUGUUCACAUUUUGUCACGUUCUUGUAAAGCUGAAAUUUAUUUGCUGAAAUCAAAUUGA